AUGCAACCUGGGCUUUGGCUGGCGACCAGCACCCUGGCAGCAGUGCUGGGCAUAGCCCUGCUGGAGGACGGCGUGUGUCGGGCACCAGACGGCAAGGACGGCUUCCCGGGAGUCCCUGGUCUCAAUGGGAGGCCAGGGCAGAAGGGUGAUGUGGGAGAGCCAGGGAAAUCAGCACAGAGGACGGGUAUCCGGGGCCUCAAAGGGGAUGCAGGUGAGCCAGGGUCUCCUGGCAUCCCAGGAAACCAGGGCUACCAUGGCCUGCCCGGCCCCUCUGGGCUCCCAGGGCAGCCGGGGCUGAAGGGAAACAAAGGGAAAGCUGGCAAUAUCCUGGAGCAGCCGCGUCCUGCCUUCUCUGCCUUGCGGAAGUCCCCACCGUCCACGGGCAGGACGGUGGUGUUCGACAACAUCAUCACCAACCAGGAGAACUCCUACAGUCCCCAGACCGGGGAGUUCACCUGCCGCAUCCCCGGGAUCUACUACUUCGCCUACCAGGUGGUCUCCAUCGGGGACCUCUGCCUGAGCAUCACCAAGAACACGGAGCGCAUGGUCAGCUUCUGUGAUUACAACAGCCGCAACAUCCUGCAAGUGAACUCGGGCAGCAGUGUGCUGAGCCUGGCCGUGGGCGACCGGGUCUCCGUGAGCACCGACGCUGCCAGGCACAGCACGAUUUACAGCGGCUCCGAGGCAGACAGCAUCUUCAGCGGCUUCAUGCUCUUCCCACAGACGGGCUGAGGGACCGCCAGUCCGGACCUGCUUAGCACCAGAGCAUCGCGGUGUGUGUGUCUGCAUGUGUUUUCCCCCUGUGAGUGCAUGGGAUGGUUUAGCACCACAGCAAACGGGGAUGGCCCUAAAUUGAGCCGCCAGACGGGUCCUGUGUUUCCACCAAUGUCAUAAAGUGGCCAGGCUGUGGGUCACCACUGCAGCAGCGAGACCUCUGCUAGCAGUUACCUCCGUGCUGAGCCUCCCCACUCCAUCCUGGAGGCAGAGGACUCCUGGUCCCGGCCGCCCUUUCUGCUCCUGGGUGCUCAGACCCCACACGGGAGGGGACCACUAGUCACUGGGGCCAUUUACCAGCUGUGGGUCUUCGCUCCUGAGUGAGAAAUCACUGUGUGCCACUGCUUCUGCUACACUAACCAUUGCAAAUGCCUUUCUGGCGCCAGGCCGCUACUGUCUCUCACAUCCUCCCCAUCAGUAUAA